AUGCGGGUUGCAUGUUCGGCUUUGAGCCUUCUGGCGGCCUCGCUUGCUCUUUUGUCGAUGGUAAACGCUUUACCUCAAGAUCCCGCCAUUACAGCACGUCCAAAGUUACUUCCUCGAGCAACCUCCACGGCGGCCGUAACACAUACAGUCACCGUGGGAGCAAAGAUCAGCCCGCAUGCGUUCGUCCCUUCAAACAUCACAGCAAACCCAGGUGAUACCGUUCUAUUCGAAUUCUAUCCGACAAACCACUCUGUCGCAAAGGCCGACUAUCUCGCACCGUGCGUGCCAGCAAGUUCCGGCGAAUUUUGGUCCGGCAGUUUCAAUGACUUUGAUGAGGAUGGCAAUGGACAGCUCAUCGGUGAUCCUCCAACAUGGUCGUUGCUAGUCAAUGAUACCGAGCCAACCUUUUUCUACUGCACAGCAAUCGGAUCUUGUUUACAGAAUGGAAUGGUUGGUGUCAUCAACCAGAACUCGUCGCAAACAUUCGAGUCACAAUACAAAGCCGCUCUGAAUUACCCAGUCAUGACAGUCCCUGGCCAAUCCUUCCCAGCGGAGGGAAGUGACUCGGAAGGAGACGGCACGAACACCUCCACCUCACCCAGCAGCGGUCACCACGGUCUCAGCGGAGGCGCAAUCGCCGGCAUCGUCAUUGCCAUCGUCGCCUUCCUCGCCAUCCUGGGUGCUCUAUUCUUCGUUCUCGGCCGCAACCGUGUUUACCAGAAAUGGAUGACCUCGCAAGACAACCGCACCGAACGGACGACCGACUGGGCUAUGUCGACGGCCGGGUCCACCAAUCAUUGGAACCGCAAGAGCGAGACCGAGGCGGCCAGCACUGCUCUUGGAUCGCCCCCCCUGGAGACUGGGCAAUGGGGCGAGUUCCCGCAGGAACAGCGAUUUUCAGAGGCACCAGAUACUUCAAUGUCUGCCCCCCGGAGUCAGCAGCAGCGGUUGUCGGGAGGCUAUGAGGGGUCCAUUUCACGGAACAAAACUCCUACUGAGCUUCCGGCUUAUGACCCCCCUGCACAAUACCCGGACCGGUACUAA